AUGGCAACGCCACCAAACGUCUUAUCUCCCGCGCCCCCGGCGUUGGAGGAUGACACGCUCUUCCUCACAGUCCGCUUCUCUGCAUCCAUACCAGACCUGCGCCUUGACAUCGAUUACCCAGAAACCACCACGAGUGCAGGACUCAAACAGGCAAUCCGCGCUCGUCUCCCAACAAGUCUAUCCUCCCAUCGUCUCCGUCUGAUCUACGCCGGUCGUGGUCUCGAAGACAUAACCCCUCUCGCAGUCUCUCUCAAACUACCACCUCCACCUACCCGAUUUCCCAGGUCAACAUUGAACCCAGACAAUGAUGCAAACACAGAAAAUACCAACCAAAAGUCCACCACUACCAAAUCGGACAAGGGAAAAACACCCGUCCGCGAACCACCUCGUCUCUACGUCCACUGUUCAAUCGGCGACAUCACCUUAAGCGCUGCAGACCUUGCAGCCGAAGCCGCUGCUGUUUCGACACUACAAAAGGAUCAUCAAGACUCGCAAGAGUCAGACAAUGAAGGGACUGCUGAGAAAUCUGGCCCCGACCAGCAGCGCCAUGACCAACCCUCUUCUACAGUUCCUGCACCCCGAGGCUUUGAUCGAUUAGUCUCAGCCGGGUUCACAGCAGCCGAAGUCACGGCUCUCCGGUCCCAGUUCAUGGCUAUCCUGUCUGUCUCUAGGACGCCGGACACGAUGCCAAGUGGGACGGAACUGCAUGAGCUUGAGGACCGAUGGUUGGACGAGGGCUCAUCCUCGAUGGCGACAGGCGGCGCGAUCGCGGGCGGAGAAGGGGUCGCUUUCGGCGACGAUGAUGGUGGCUUUGGGACCAGUUCGAGAGGCGCAAUUGACGAUAUGCUUUGGGGUGCUGUGAUGGGAUUCUUUUGGCCUGUUGGUUGUGCAAUGUGGUUGCGGAGGGAGGAGGGAGUUUGGAGUUGGCGGAAGGGAUUGGCGGUCUUUGUGGGCGUUGUGGUCAAUAUUGCGUUUGGCGCGAUGCGGAUUAUGAACUGA